AUGGCUGACACCUUUGCCUUUAACAUUGUAGAAAAAGUAAUUGAGAAACUAGCCACUGCUGCUUAUCAAGAAAUUUCCCUAGCUUGGGGUGUGCAAACUGACUUUCAAAGGCUUAAUGACAUAUUGACCACUGUCAAAGAUGUGCUCUUAGAUGCUGAAGAAAACCAAGCUCAGAAUAAUCAGCUGCGGAAUUGGUUGCAAAAGCUGAAAGAUGCUUGUUACGAUGCAGAAGACGUACUAGAUGAAUUUCAGAUCGAAGCAUUGCGGAGGCAAGUUUUGGAACAGAGGAACAUCGGAAAGAAGGUACGCAGUUUCCUUUCGAGCUCAAACCCAGUUACUUUUCGAUUUAGGAUGGCCCAUAAGAUUAAAAAAGCUACUGAGAGGUUUGGUGAGAUUGCUGCUCUGAAAGCUAAUUUUCAUCUUGCUGAAAUUGCUGAAAGACAUUAUGACACUAGGCAUCUUGUUAUGGGCUUGGACAGGAAGACCCACUCCUUUGUCCAAGUAGCAGAUAUCAUCGGUAGAGCUGAAGAUAAAGAAAAAAUCAUAAAAACUUUAAUGCAAGAUCCAACUGAUGGGGAAGACAAAUCUGUCCUUCCUAUAGUUGGAAUUGGAGGCCUCGGAAAGACUGCCCUUGCAAAAUUGGUGUACAAUGAUGAACGUGUAGAUGGGCAUUUUAAGUUGAAAAUGUGGGUAUGUGUUUCAGAUGAUUGUGAUUUAAAACAAUUAAUGAUAAAAAUCAUUAAAGCUGCAAAGGGCUUCGAUGGAAAUUGGAGUAAUAUGGAUUUGGACCAAUUACAAAAAGUCUUUCGAGAUUGUCUAGAUGAGAAAAAGUAUUUACUUAUUUUGGAUGGUUUAUGGAACGAAGAUCCUAUCAAAUGUGAUGAAUUGAAACAGUUGUUGGUGCAAGGAGCUAAGGGAAGCAAAAUUGUUGUCACCACUCGUAGUAAUCAAGUUGUAGAGAUCAUGGGCACAAUCUCAACACACAAUUUGCAAGGUCUUCCUGAAAAGGAAUCUUUGUGUUUGUUUCUCCAAUUUGCGUCCAAGAAAGGGGAAAUCAAUCAAUACCAAAACCUAGUAAAAAUUAGGGAAGAAAUAGUUAAAAAAUGCAAUGGAGUGCCUUUGGUUUUGAAGACACUUGGGAGCUUGCUUCUCUCCAAAACUUCAGAAGAUGAUUGGGAACUUGUGAGAGAUAGUGAGAUAUGGAAAUUAGUGCAAGAGGAAAAAAGCAUUUUUCCUGUUUUGAACUUAAGUUAUGAUCACUUGCCUCCAUAUUUAAAGCCAUGUUUUGCUUUUCUUUCAGUCUUUCCAAAGGAUUAUGAAUUUAAUUGUAUGGAGUUGGUCCAUUUUUGGAUGGCUCAUGAUUUGCUUCAUUCCUCUAACAAAAAUGAAGAUGCUGAAGAUAUUGCUAAGCGUUAUUUGAUUGAUCUAUUGUCAAGGUCUUUUUUCCAAGACUUUGAUCAAAGUUUGUCUUUCCAAUCUUUUAAAAUGCAUGAUCUUCUACAUGAUCUUGCAUUAUCAGUGGCAAAGAAUGAGUGCUUGACGGUAAAUUGUUUCAAGCAAAUUAUUGCUCCAGGAAUUCGACAUUUGUGCCUUGACAACCUUGAUUUUCUUGAGGAGUAG